AUGCCACGCCCAUCCGAAGAUACUAAAGCACCUUACUUCUUCCCCGAGGACCUAGAGUCCAAAGCUGCCGAUACAACUGCGGCCGGAAGCCCUUCCGGGGGUCCUAGGCCAGCCGCGGGGCAAGAAACUAGUGACGCCGUGGAUUUAAAUGGCCCUACUGAGGUUAGCAGAGGGCCAGGCGAUCCCGUGGACACAGAGAAGCUCACCCGGGAGGACGUGGAAUUGUCCAAGUCGGACAUGGGGUCGGACAAGCUCACACCCGCCCCCGAAACCGAAAACGAAUCUAAGCAGUGGGAUGACAAGAAAACGGGCCCCAGCUCUUAUGCACUUUCAAGCCAGAAAUUCCUCCAGGAACUACAGAACCCCAAAUCGAAGUAUUUUGUGGGCUACAGGAAAUUCUUCCGCAUGAGCGACAAGGGGCAUAGGCUCCACGUUAUGAUCAAUAACGCGACCUGGCGCAGUGAUAUGGAUACCGUCAUCCUCGAUCUCCUACGCAAACGCGCGGUUGAGGCCUUGUGUCACUUUGCGAGACUAUCCCAGGAGCAAGCACGGGGUUUCAUUGUCAAGUGCGAGCGCUGGGAUGAUGUUAAGGAGCUUAAGCAUCGGGGCUGUCUCCUAUACCUAGGACAGGCCAAAGGAGCGACACCUGGCCCUGCAUUGGAGUUCGUUCCCCCAAGAUUAUCAUCUAUGGAUGUUGGGCCUGCUAAGUUCGGGGUAUCGAAACUCGCCGUCCACAACUUGCGUGGGAUUCUAGGGGACGAGUAUCUUGAGAAAUUGAGGCAGCGUUCAACUCUCCUUGAUGAGGGGUCCCUGUUUCUCCUCGGAAGGCAGGCUACUGUUAACUUGCAGAUGCUGCUAUGGAAAAUUCAGGGGUAUGCAAGCUGGGAAAACCACCAAACACCGCCUUGA